UUUUUCUUCUUAAGAAUUAUACUUUCUUUGAAGAUAUAUAUACAAAAAACAUAUUUCAUUCGACUAAUAUGUCUGAACAACCUGCUGAAAACAAAUUAUGGGGUGGUAGAUUCACUGGGGCCACUGAUCCAUUAAUGGACUUGUAUAACGCUUCAUUGCCAUAUGACAAGGUUAUGUACAAGGCCGACUUAACUGGUACCAAGGUUUACACUGAAGGUUUAAAUAAGAUUGGAUUGAUUACUACUGAAGAACUCUCUGCUAUUCACGAAGGUUUGGAAAAAAUUGAAAAAGAAUGGGAAACUAAUACCUUUGUUGAAAAGGCUGGUGAUGAAGAUAUUCAUACUGCCAAUGAAAGAAGAUUGGGAGAAAUUAUUGGUAAGCAUAUCGCUGGUAAGGUCCAUACUGGUAGAUCUAGAAAUGAUCAAGUUGCCACCGAUAUGAGAAUCUAUGUUCGUGAAAACCUCACCAAGCUUUUACAAUUCCUUGGUGAUUUUAUCAAGACUAUUUUAACCAGAGCAAAGAAGGAGAUUGAUGUAUUAAUGCCUGGUUACACUCAUUUACAAAGAGCUCAACCUAUUAGAUGGUCUCAUUGGUUGUCUUCUUAUGCCACCUAUUUCACUGAAGAUUUCAAAAGAUUGAAGCAAAUCUUGGAAAGAGUGAACCAAUCCCCAUUGGGUUCUGGUGCUCUUGCUGGUCAUCCAUACGGUAUCGAUAGAGAAUUUUUGGCUGCUGGUCUUGGUUUUGAAGCACCAAUUGGUAAUUCAUUAACUGCAGUUAGUGACCGUGAUUUCGUGGUUGAAACUUUGUUUUGGUCUACUCUUUUCAUGAAUCAUAUUUCUCGUUUUUCUGAAGAUUUGAUUAUCUAUUCCACUGCUGAAUUUGGUUUCAUUCAAUUAGCAGAUGCUUAUUCUACUGGGUCUUCAUUAAUGCCUCAAAAGAAGAACCCAGAUUCUUUGGAAUUAUUAAGAGGAAAGUCAGGUCGUGUUUUCGGUUCCCUUUCUGGAUUCUUAAUGUCUCUCAAAUCUAUUCCUUCAACUUAUAACAAGGAUAUGCAAGAAGAUAAAGAGCCAUUAUUUGAUGCUAUGACCACUGUAGAACAUUCUAUUUUAAUUGCUACCGGUGUUAUUUCAACUUUAUCGAUCAAUAAGGAAAAGAUGGAAGGUUCUUUGACCAUGGAUAUGUUAGCAACUGAUUUGGCCGAUUAUUUGGUUAGAAAGGGAGUUCCAUUCAGAGAAACUCACCACAUUUCUGGUGAAUGUGUUAGAAGUGCCGAAGAAUUCAAAUUAUCUGGUAUUGACCAAUUAUCAUUAGAACAAUUUAAAAAGAUUGAUGAAAGAUUUGGUGACGAUGUUACUGAUGUAUUUGAUUUUGAAGUCAGUGUCGAAAGACGUACAGCCACUGGUGGUGCUGCAAAAUCUGCUGUUUUGAAACAGUUAGAUAACUUAAAUAGCCAAUUGAACUAGAUUCGAGGAAAUAAUUAAUGUCA